GGCGCCGCGACCUCAUGUGAGACACCUCCUGCGCGAGCCACUCCGACGUUACCUCUGCAGAGGCAAACGCAAUGGAGCCCUAAACAUUGUCAAUUUUUAAAGAACGUUCAGCCUUGGGAACAAGCCGUAUCCGCGGCCAAAACCGCUCUAUUUGACAUAAAUUCGAGGCUCAGCGGGGAGGUGCAGCGAUGUGGAUCCAGGUUCGUACUAUAGACGGGAAGGUGACGCGAACCGUGGAGGAUCUUUCUAGACUGACCAAAAUUGAGUCUUUGCGGUUGAAAAUACAGGACAUCUUCAACGUGAGCCCCCAGCAGCAGCGUCUCUUCUACAGAGGGAAGCAGAUGGAAGAUGGCCAGACACUGUUUGACUACAACGUGGGUCUCAACGACAUCGUCCAGCUGCUGGUCCGCUCUCAGACUGACCCUCCAGACAGCCCGGCCGCCAAGGACCCCUCGGCCGUCGCCUGUAGCUCGACUCCCGCCGACUCCAAGUCUGAAAGCCAUAACUCCUCAACUGCCGUCUCCCACGCUGACAUGGAAACCAACAAUAAAGACAAUGACAGCAGCACCAGCACCAGCAGCAGCAGCACCGUUUGUGAAAGCAAGCCAGACACCAGCGCCACAACUAACUCGUCCAGUACCAAAAAUGGGUUCAAGUCCUCCAGUCCAGUGUGGGACACCCAGCCGCCUGCACCCAGCAGAAACACACUCGUUGACCCAGGGAUCGGCGUGUUUAAGAUUAACGAGUUGGUGGACUGCAGAGACGUCAGCAUCGGCGCCUGGUUCGAGGCCUGCAUUGAAAGAGUGACAAAAGCUCCAAAAGGACAGUUAACACCCACCAAGGGGAAGGUGGGUCGGCCCUCCAAAAGGACUAAUGGAAAGCUGGAGGCCGAGCAGGAAGUGGCCCACGGUCAGGGCCAAACCACGGAAAGUAACGGGAAUAAUGUUGUUUUGAACUUGGACAGUAACGGAGCCUCCACCUCGCAGAAGGACUCCACAGCUGCGACGGAGAGCCAGGAGAGGGAGGAUGACGCAAUAUACCACAUUAAAUACGAGGACUACCCGGAGAACGGCGUGGUGGAGAUGAGACUGCGGGACGUUCGACCACGUGCCAGGACGCUGCUGCAGUGGGACCAGCUUCAGGUGGGCAUGCACGUGAUGGUCAACUACAACAUGGAGACGCCGGAGGAGAGGGGCUUCUGGUUCGACGCUGAGGUUCAGACCAUCAACCAAACCUCCCGGACCAACAAGGAGCUCAGAGUCAAGAUCCUCCUCGGCGGUCCUGGAGAUGUGAUUGGUGAUUGUAAGGUUCACUUCAUAGAUGAAAUCUACCAGGUGGAGAAACCAGGAGCUCUUGCACUCUCAGCUGCCGAUGGACAAUUUAAAAGGAAGAGUGGGCCGGAGUGCAAACACUGCAAGGCCGACCCUGAGGCCGAGUGUCGUUUCUGCUCCUGCUGCGUGUGCGGCGGCAAGCAGGACGCUCACAUGCAGCUGCUGUGUGACGAGUGCAACAUGGCAUUUCACAUCUACUGCCUCAACCCGCCGCUGGCCACCAUCCCGGCCGACGAGGACUGGUACUGUCCCACUUGUAAAAAUGACACCAGCGAGGUGGUGAAAGCCGGAGAGAAGCUCAAAGCCAGCAAGAAGAAAGCCAAGAUGCCCUCGGCGACGACCGAGAGUCAGAGAGACUGGGGAAAGGGUAUGGCUUGUGUGGGUCGCACUAAAGAAUGUACGAUUGUUCCUUCAAACCACUACGGUCCGAUCCCUGGUGUUCCGGUGGGAACCACCUGGAAGUUCAGAGUACAAGUGAGUGAGGCUGGCGUUCACAGGCCACAUGUGGGCGGAAUCCACGGCCGCAGCAACGAUGGCUCUUAUUCGCUGGUGUUGGCCGGAGGCUUCGAGGACGAAGUGGACAGAGGAGAUGAGUUCACAUACACAGGCAGCGGGGGUCGUGACCUUUCAGGAAACAAAAGGAUCGGCGAGCACUCGUUCGACCAGACCCUGACGCACAUGAACAGGGCCUUGGCCUUGAACUGUGAUGCACCUCUGAAUGACAAAGACGGAGCAGAGUCCAAGAACUGGAGGGCAGGGAAACCGGUGAGGGUGGUGCGCAGCUCCAAGGGUCGUCGCAUCAGCAAGUACGCUCCCGAGGAGGGAAACCGCUACGACGGCAUUUAUAAGGUGGUGAAGUACUGGCCAGAGAUCGGAAAAUGUGGUUACUUGGUUUGGCGGUACCUGCUCAGACGAGAUGAUCUGGAACCAGCCCCGUGGACCCCUGAGGGACAGGAGCGGAUCAAGAAACUGGGCCUGGCUGUUCAGUAUCCACCAGGAUACCAGACAGCUAUGGCUAACAAAACGAAGAAGGAAGCCAUCGCCAGACCCGGUCGCGGCGGUCGCGGCGGCCGUGGCAAGCACUACGCUGGAAGGGGGAGGCCAAAGAGACAACGCAAGAGGAAGGAGAGUGAGGAUGCGGGUGACGAGGAAGAGGACAUGUUGCAUGACGUCGGUAUGGAGGAAGAGGAGGAGUUCGAGGACAAGGCAGCAGAAGAAGAAGAAGAAGAAGAAGAAAUGGAAGGAGAGCAGAAGACGAGCAAUGACUUGUCACCUGUACCAGAGCCCGCCACUAAACGAGCGAAGGUGGAGGAAACCUUCAAACUGUCACAGCAGCAGGAGCAGCUGAUCAAAGAGGACACAGCCAACAAGAAACUCUGGGAUGAAGCCAUGGAGCACCUCAAAGAAGGACCGAAUUUCCUGCGCAAGAUGGAGCAGAUCUUCAUGUGUGUGUGCUGCCAGGAGCUAGCCUUCCAACCCGUCACCACCGUCUGCUCACACAACGUUUGCAAGAACUGUCUCCAGAGGUCGUUUCGUGCGCAGGUGUACACCUGCCCCGCCUGCCGUCACGACCUGGGCAAAGACUACGUCAUGACCCAAAACAAGGUCCUACAGGUGCUGCUCGACCAGUUCUUUCCGGGCUACAGCAAAGGCCGGUGAGGCGGAAAGUCCCGGCGUCCGAGCAGAGUCCGUUCAUAAACACGCACAUCAGCAUUCAUCCAGUGCAACCGUGUAUAACGUCAAGUACCUGCAGCUCCUCCCUCGAUGGCAUUGCACUCUCUCCCUGUACUUAGAUACUCACAGGCAAAUGUAUAUGACACAUACAUCCGUUAAUAUAUACACAAUCAUUCACACACAAACAACCUCAGUAGGGAUUUGACCUCAUCUGUUGAACAACGUCACCAGCCUGAAAUUCAACCACGGACGUUUGUGAACUCCCCCGCUCCUGCCACACACGCACAAAUAGACAAAUUCCCGACUCGUCACCUGAGCUCGUUUUGUAAGUUUUCUCCGUCUGCCGCUAAGACGCACAGCGCCGUCGGAGAGCGUCCUGAAACCUGCCGUUAGAUUCCUGCCAACCUGGUUACAUUUUGUUUUCCGUGAAUUUACGUAUUUGAAGUCACUAGAGAAAUUCAAAGUACAGCUGUGAAGUACAGCCCCAAAAAACACGGCCUUUAAUUUGGCAGCUUUUACCAAAAAAAAUCAUUUUAAUCUCGGUGCACAACAAGCUUUCAGUUCUGUCCACAUCCUCCUGGCAUGUGAUGAAAUUUGGGCUAUUUGUUUUUAUUUUUUAUUUUUAAUAUUUGAUGAUAUUUGGUCUCCGUGCUUUGGUCUCAUCAGGGUCAGAAUGAAAAGUGUUUUCUGUUCCGCUCAAUUAUUGGACUGGAUGUGAAUAGAAACAAAAAAAAAAUCCAUUUUAUUUUAUACAAAUGUAAAAGAACGUCUUACUUGACCAAAGAUACAAAGUACAAACUCCGCCAUCUUUGUUUACCAUUUAUUAUUAUUUACACUGCGACAUCAUGCACAGACCAAAUGUGACACCUGAGUCGCAGUAGAGCGAAAAAGUCCAAAGUCUUUGGCCGACCAAUUGGAAUACAACCAAAAAAAGAAACCACGCACAAUUCCAACGACGUCUUCUGGAAACUGAAGCUUUAACAGGCUUCAGUAUUAAAGGUGACCUGACCUGAUUCACCUAAGGUCAAAGGUCAAAGGAAGUGGACGAAAAAGUCAGAAUAGUUUUCCAGAUCCUAAGCAUCAGUCCAGAGAGGGAUCAUCAAAAAUGACCUUUAAUCAAAGGUUAACGAAGGUGACCUGUGUCAAAGGUCACAGGUCAAGAUGUAAUGAAGAUCAAUGAAGAAGAGAGUUGUUGAGCGAGGAUCAAAGUCCAAAGGACAACUUUAAUCAGUGUAAAACCAACAUUUACCACAGGGAUAAAAAACUGAUUCAAACCGGUUUCAAUUGUGCUGCAAGAUUGAACCGAAUACUUUGUUGAAUUUCGAGGUUGGUUUUUUUGGGACAAAUUCUUAAUUUUUACUCCAAACGUUUCUUUUUUAAGAUCUAACUUUGUUGGAGAAAAAUCACGCUGGUGAAAAAUCAAAGAGAAACCGUUCACUGUUCAUUUUUAUGUCACGAUAAAAAAUUCUAUCAAAAACUAAAUCUGAUUGGUUCGCUGAACUAGGCAGUGAUGCCUUCACCGUCAUAUGAAAAGGUUUUUACGUUUUACAGUUACAAGUAACGUAGCCCGUCCGUACAGUUCAUAUGUAGUUAGUAUGUAUCCAUGUGGGCUGGACGUGUUGCCUACAAAAUGUCCAGCGUUGGCAGGCGUAUCAGGAGCUAACGCUAACGUGAACAUCCCAUGGAGGCUAGCCAGAACGCCAGACUCCAGAUUAAGGUUAAAGUGGUUUCAACACUUGAGUUUUUUUUUUUUACGGGGUUAAAUGUCGUCACCGUCGUUCAUUAAGGUCAUCAAGUUCACGACUUCCUGCCUUUUUCGGGGGCAAAGCCAUGUUUUCUUCACAGCCUUGAGACAACUUCUGACCAGUGGUUGGGUUUGUUCACAGUCAUUUCCUCGUUUCCGUUCAGUGCUUCAUUUAUUCUCAUUCAUUCAUUCAUUCAUUCAGGAUUUUUUUUUUUUUAAAUCUACUUCCUCCGUUUCAAACGCUACUCUGUGCUAACUGUGACGUGCAUCUGUUGCUUGACCUGGUUCAAAGGUUAUUUCCUUUUCCUGGCACGCUUGGAACCCUCCCCACUCUCACUCUCUGCUCCGACCUCCGCUCCUCCUCUUUCUCUGCGCCGUCUCCUCCUCUUCCUCCUCCUCCUCCUCUCCGUGAGCCUACACCACCUAACAGUUCUUCAUGCACACGUGGACACUUGGCUUUCGUGCUGUGUUGUUCUUUCUCCCCCUCUUGCACUCUCUCCCCGAGAAAAGAGUUCCACGUUUAAUUUUACUAGAGAGCCUACUAUUACCUACGUCUGCGCUUUAUUUUUCUACCGUUUUAGUCACUUCUCUUUUAAUCAUUAGACACUUUGUAUGUGGCAACCUCGCGCACCGCAGCGGUCUGAGGAGUUCCAUUGCUUCAUAUUGUGAUCUGAAAUUUUAUACAUGUCAUGAUAAUAUUUGAUAUGUACCAAUUAAAUAUUUGGAUUCAAUGA